CUGAGGAGGGAACUGCAGAAACCAUUGAAGGGCUAUUGAAAGUAGGUGUGCUUGAGCCUUCACAGUCAUUUUGGAACACACCUAUCUUGCCAGUGGAGAAGCACGGGACAGGGAAAUACAGGAUGGCACAUGACCUGAGGGCCAUUAAUGCCAUACUGCGCACUGACACUGUGCCUGUGCCAAACCCAUACACGGCUUUAACCGCCAUCUCAUGGGACCAAAAGUGGUUUACAUGUAUUGAUCUUGCUAAUGCUUUCUUUUGUCUCCCCUUACAUGAGUCACUGAGGGACAUCUUUUCAUUCACAUACAGAGGCCAGAAAUACAGAUACACACGCCUGCCACAAGGCUUUGCACUGUCCCCAGGCAUUUUCAAUCAGGUGCUGAAAGAUGCAUUGUCACCAUGUCACCUGCCUGAAGGCUGUACACUAAUACAGUAUGUUGAUGAUCUUCUCAUUGCAGCCAAGUCAGCAUCAGCCUGCACGGCAGCCUCGCUCGUGGUACUGAACCGAUUGGCAGAAUGUGGAUUCAAAGUAAGUAAAGAAAAACUGCAGUUGGUCCGACCAGAAGUAACGUUUCUGGGCCGUGUAAUCGCACACAGGUCGGUGGGCUUGAUGAACACACACAGAGACCAGAUUUUGACACAUCCUAAACCAAGAACUGUCAAGGAGCUCCUUUCUUUCCUUGGCUUGACAGGUUACAGCAGACAGUUCAUUCCUAACUAUGCAGGCAAAACGGCCCCUUUAAGGGACCUGAUAAAAAAGGUGGGCGUUCGAAACCUUAAGGCUGAAUUGCCCUGGACGCCAGCCACAGAAACAGCGUUCAUUUCACUGAAACAAGAUCUGUCAAGGGCCACAGACCUUGCCACGCCCAACUAUGACGAACCAUUCUACCUUGAUGUUUCUGAAACAAGUGGGGUUGUAAAUGGGGUGUUGUUUCAGAAAAAAGGAGGAGGUAGAGAUGUGCUUAUGUAUGUUAGCAUAAGAUUAAACCCAACAGAGGCCAGGCAUCCCACAUGCACACAACACGCAGCUGGGGUAGCAAAAAUCAUCCAGAAAACAGCACAUGUAGUGAGAGAACAUCCACUUAAAGUGCUCACCACACAUAGUGUAGUAGCAUACGUGAACUCACAAGCCUUCACCAUGACACCACUGACACAACAGAGGUUGAGCAAAGUCCUAGACGCUCCAAACCUGACAUUCACACAUGAAGGGAUCAACAUGGCAGAUCUGAUGGGGUCAGGGGAACCACACGACUGUGCCAAAAAAGCUGAAGCUGAAGAAAAGGUCAGAGAAGACCUGAAAGCGGAGCCCAUCCCCGGAGCUGAAGACUGGUUUACAGAUGGCUGCUGUCACCGUGAUGAAGAAGGACUGAAAGCAGGCUACGCUGUGGUUUGCAGAAGAGGACAACACUAUGAAGUGAAAGAAGCUGGAAGAAUCGAGGGCCAACAGUCAGCACAGAGAGCUGAAGUAAUAGCUCUGACUCGAGCCCUCAGACUGGCCAAGGACAUGAAGGUGAACAUUUACACUGAUUCAGCUUAUGCGUUUGGAGCAGCUCACGUGGAACUUGCUCAAUGGAAGAGAGCAGGUUUCAGAACAGCAACUAACGCCCCAAUAUGCCAUAAGAAGGAAAUGGAAGAACUGGAAGAAGCUCUGAAUGACCCAGGCGAGGUAAGUAUCAUAAAAUGCAAAGGACACUCUCAGGAAAACACAAUGGUGGCCAAAGGGAACCAGAAAGCAGAUGAAGCCGCAAAAGAAGCUGCAGGCUACAAAGGACGAAGGCAAAUGGUGGAGGUCACUGCGGAGGAGGAACCAAGCAUCGAUGUGUUAGAGGAAGCCAGACAGGCUCAGGAAGAAGCCACCCAGGAGGAAAAGGAGGUGUGGGAGAACCGAGGAGCCCGGAAAGAAAGAGGUCUGUGGCGAGGACCCCACGGGCGACCGGUUCUGACAGCUAAGCUGGCUGAAAAGAAAGUAAGCGAGGCGCACGGACUUGGCCAUGUAGGAGUGACACAGAUGGAGAGAAACUUGUGUCACUGGUGGCACCCGGAUCUGAGAAACAUGAUAAAGGAGAGAGCCCGAACCUGUCUAAUUUGCGGGGCACACAAUCCAAAGCCAGUGGUGAAGCCAGAAACAGGUAAGUUCCUCAUGCCAGAGAGGCCCGGAGAAGAAAUCGUGAUUGACUUCACCGACAUGAUCGAUCCGGGACCGGGAGGAGUCAGGUAUUUGUUGGUGUGUGUGGAUGCUCUGACCGGAUGGCCAGAGGCGUGGGCGACUAAAAGAGAGGACGCGAGAAGCGUAAUUAAAUGUCUGAUCAACCACUACAUACCUAGGCAUGGGUUCCCCAAGAGAAUUAGGUCAGAUAAUGGAACCCAUUUCAGGAAUCAAGAUCUGGCAGAGGUGGAGAAAAUGUUGGGAGUCCAGCAUAAGUUUGGGACAGUGUAUCAUCCGCAGUCCCAGGGGAAAGUAGAAAGAAUGAACCUAAAUUUGAAGAAUAAGUUAGCUAAAAUCUGCGCGCAGACAGGGUUAAACUGGGUUGCAGCCCUGCCGAUUGCUUUGAUGACCAUAAGAUGCUCUGUUAACCAAUCCACAGGUUUCACGCCUUACAAGCUGCUGACAGGACGGCAGUUUCCGGCGCCCUGGACAGUGGUCCCGGUGGAGCAGCCCAGAAAAAGUAACAGGUCUCAUGCUGAAUAUUUUAAUGAGUUGAAAGCUCUUGUGUCCAGUUUCACAAAACAGGUUACCUCUGGAAGACCCACAGCAGGAGGGGAGGUCCCAGACGCAAAAGCAGUGUGGCUGAAAGUCAUCAAGCGGAAGUGGAAAGAGCCUCGCUGGACAGGUCCGUACGAGGUAACCGCCCGGACGAACACAGCGGUCCGACUGAAAGGGAAAGGCGACACCUGGUUCCACUGGAUGCAGUGUGCUGCAGCAGACGAGAGCUUGGUACAAGACAAUCCAGCUAUACCAGACACAGGUGCCAACGUGCAGAGGCAGAAUAAAUCCUCUCACCUGUGCAACGGGCCGAACAGUAGUCUACCUGGGAGGCCGAAGCAAGAAGAACAGCCAAGGAGGAGAUCCCCGCGCCAACACAAAGGAGGAUUUUGGUCACCUGUGGAUGCUGUCUCAUUCCUUGUGCCAGAGGAUUGUUGGAAAAGGUAAUCACGAGGGCAGUAGAUCCCGGGGCAGUGACCCCGGUGUCUAUGAUGCCAUUGAUGGACAUAGAAAUGACUGAGUGGGCUGAGGAGUGACACAGCACCCGGUAUGGUGACCUCUUGUGGUCAAGAGGUCAAAAGGAGGAAUUGUGGAAUUAAAGAAAUUGUUUUACUGCUACAAUAUAUCUCAUAGCAUUAGCAUCGCAUUAAAAGCAUCACAUAGGGUUUUAAGACGGCAGGGAGACAUUUAAUACACUGACACCAUAUUAACCUUUAGCACAGGUGCAGUGAUAACCAUUUUUAUAUUGUUAUAUCCUUAUACACACGUUGCAGUUUUGUGCUUAUAAAGAGCUGAAGCUCCCCCAGGUAAUUAAAGGUCACGAGCUUCGUUCGGCGAUAGGUCUGGACGAUCCAUUGGAGGAAAUGCCAGGGAGCUUAAGAAAGAUCACAUACAUGCUUACAAAACACAUAUAUAUCACAUAACCUAGAGACAGGCCUGAAUAGAGGCCUGAAUGUAUUCAGCAAACAUGUUCCAUUUGAGUCUGCCUAGUAACAGAUGACGAGAAGGAGAGAUCCAGCCCAUGGGGACCCAGAGGCCUGAGACUAUCGCCUUAUUUGGAAGAAGAUACCAGAAAGAGGAACUCUUGUGUCUGCAUUAUUUCUAAAAAUUGAUCAAUGUUCUUAAGAUGCAAAUUAUGUGCUUGUAAACGCAUGAGGGGGCGUCAUAAUACCCUGACAUUAUAAAAGCAAAUUGAAAUGUAUUUUUGGUGAAGAUCCUUGCUGAUGUGUGCAGUAAUUAUCUUCCCGCGCGUAUGCUUAAAUAAAAUCAUUGUUCUGACCCAACCCUUCUGGACUGUUCUAGUUUUGUAUCUCCCCUCAAUUCUGAACCCUUAACAACAACCAAGUCCUGCAGUGGUACAUCUGAGUAAAAAAAACUCAUAAAAUAUGUAUGUGGGGUAGUCAGGUUGUUAGUUUUUAACUGCUGCAAAUCGGCAACGCCUGCCUUGAGAGUGUUAACAGACC